GCCCCUCACUACAAGAAGGACACUGAGGUGCUGGAGCGUGUCCAGAGAAGGGCAAGGAAGGUGGUGAAGGGUCUGGAGAACAAGUCUGAUGAGGAGCGGCUGAGGGAGCUGGGGUUGUUUAGCCUGGAGGAGGCUGAGGGGAGACCUUAUCGCUCUCUACAGCUACCUGAAAGUAGGAUGUGUGUGUUGGUCUCUGUUCCCAAGUAACUAGCGUUAAGAUGAGGGGAAAUGGCCUCUAAGUUUUGUCAGGGGAGGUUUAGAUUGGCUGUUAGGAGAAAUUUCUUGACUGUAAGAGUGCUCAGGCAUUGGAACAGGCUGCCCACCUGGCACUUCAGGGCAUGGUUUAAGAGGCAUGGGGGUGUUGGUUUGACAGUUGAACUUGGUGAUCCUAGAGGUCUUUUCCAACUUUUAUGAUUCUAUGAUUCUUUCAGCAGGGCUCAGACCGAGGCUGCUGUUAGCUGAGCCAUUGCAAACUCCUCAUACAGCCUGCAGAGACAUGCAGUGUCUGGCAGGCUUCCCAUGGUGACAUAGCAUCACCUUCUGCGUGGCCACUGCUACUGUGGGGACACAAGGAUGCAUCCUGGACCCUGCAUGGAACCACAGGGACCCCUGGUACCACAAACCCAUCUCUGGGCUGCCCGUGGAAUGUGUAGGUUGCAUCACCCCAGCACAGGUGUCCGGCUUCCCAUGCUUUGGAGACACGCAGGCGCAUCGGCACAGGUGGUAACUGCCUCCCCAGGCAUCCUGGGUCAAUAACCCGGCGGCUGAGGCACUUGUUAGGGCCAGGAUUGCGUGGGGGUACGCCCAUGGGUGUUUGCAGCAGCGGGAGAGGGAGGAGAGUGCUGGAGGCUGUUGGUUGAACCGGGAUAGCCUCCCCGCGGUCCCUGCCCUGAGGACUCUGACCCCGUGGGCCGGCGAGGGGAGCAGAGGCAGGCAGUGCCAAGCAGUCCUGCAGUCACUGGGACAGAGCCGGGGAGGAGUAGCACAAGAUGGACCCCACCGUGGAGCUGGCAGACGACCCCAGGUUCUCCCGCCCAUUGGUGGAGAUGCUGAUGAGGAACUUCAGUGUGCCGGCAGCCUGCUUCUCCCUGCCGCCCACCUCCCGGCAGCUACUGCAGCAGCUGGACAUGGCCCAACUUGCUAUUAUGGGCCUUGCCACUAUCAUGACGCUGCUGUCAGUCGCAAUCUUUGUGGAAGAGGCUUUCUACCUCACUCGCAAGAUCCGUUGCCCCAUCAAGAUGAAGACUCUCUGCUGGAGCAGCUCAGCCCCUACGGUUGUGUCUGUGGUGAGCUGCUUUGGGCUGUGGAUCCCGCGCUCCAUGAUGGUGGUGGAGAUGGCUAUCACGGGGUACUUUGCUAUCUGCUUCUACCUCCUGAUGCUGGUCAUGGUGGAGGGUUUCGGGGGGAAGGAGGCGGUGGUCAGCACCCUGAAAGAUGUACCCAUGGUGGUCAACACUGGGCCCUGCUGCUGCUGCUGCCCUUGCCUGCCCCGAAUCACCAUGAGCAGGAGAAAGCUUCGACUGCUGAUGCUGGGGACUUUCCAGUAUGCCUUCUGCAAGGUGGUCGCAGUCUUCCUGGGGCUGGUCCUGGCCACUGAUGGAAACUACAACCCUGCUGAUAUCUCAGCGGAGAGCGUGGCCCUCUGGAUCAACACCAUGCUUGGUGUCUCCACCCUCUUUGGGCUGUGGGCCCUGGGCAUCCUCUUCCGGCAGGCCCGGCUGCACCUGACUGAGCAAAACAUCAAGGCCAAAUUCUUCUGCUUCCAGGUCCUCCUCCUCCUGACAGCACUGCAGCCUGCCAUCUUCAGCAUCUUGGCCAACAAUGGCAGCAUCGCUUGCUCACCACCGUUCUCCUCCAAGGCCAGGUCACAGCAGAUGACCAUGCAGCUGUUGAUUCCACAAACCUUCAUCCUGGCAGUGGUGACGCGGAUAUACUACCGCAAGCAGGAUGACAAGCCGGGUUACCAGCCUGUCAGCUUCACACCCACAGGCACCGAUGUCAAGGCAUGAGCAGAGAGAAGCAACUGGGGUGCCAAGGGGCAGAGUGAGGUGAAGGGAUGGUCUGCUCUGUACAGCCUGCUCCUCUGGCCCUGGAGAGUUGCCUGCAGCAGAGGCGGAAGGGUGGAAAGGGCAUCUCAACAUGGGGUGAAAAGGUCUGAAACCCAAAAGCCACAAGCCAAAGGGAUCCGUGAAGCUGCCCUCAGCCCAGGGGGCUCUUGUCUGGCACUGAAUAAAGAUAUAAUUUUGUA